AUGGUGCACAUAUUGAAGCGCAUGCGCAAGCUACGCGAGGCAAGCGCGCUCAUACUGCCCAAAGAGGUGUCGAAGAUUAGCAUGGAAUUCAACACAAAACUCUACGGAGGACAUAGAGGGGCAAGGAAAUUCUGGCGCAAUAUGCUGCCCCGGAUGAAAUACCGUAAUCCAUCCAUCCCAAUGGAAGUCGCGCGACACAAUAACCCCGACGGUCCCUCGCUCCUACACAUUUUCACAGCAACCAAAACACAGCCAUCGGCUGGCUCUACCAACUCUCCUACAACACAACAAUCAGACGCUUCACCACCGUCCGCCACACCAAACCCGCGCAAUACGCUCGUACCCGAUACCUCGAAACCCACGUUCUCGAUUGACAUGAGAGACCAGUCGGAGAGCGAGAUCUUGGAGGCACUAGUGGAGAAGAUAGGCGCAGUGGAAAUUAAAGCAACGGAGGAGGAGCUCGCUGAGAUGAAGGAGAUUGAGGAGUUCAAGGAGAGGUCGGAGGCGGAUAGAGUGCUGGUCAGGGAGAAGUUGCUGAAGGAGCGGAGAGAGGCUGAGCUGCUCAAGUUGGCGAGGGGUGAGGCACCGGCUGCCAACUAA